UGGCCAUCAAAAUUCACUCAAUUUGCCAUUAUUCGAAUCGCUUCAUAGUUCCAUAAAACUUUUGAAAAACUUAAAUCUUUUCUGUCUGAAUUUUUCGAACAAUUAAAAAAAAAUGUCGCUGAUAGUUAAAGCUUUCUUCAGAGACGAAAUCCGCCGAAUCCCCAUUGAAGCGUCCAAUGCAACGUCUUUCGACCUUCUGGGAGAAAAAAUUCGCGCCAUUUUUUCUGAACUGCCCGCUAGAGGUCGCUUGGUCAUGCAGUGGAAAGACGCCGACGGAGACUUGGUGACUUUCAGUUCCGACGAAGAAUUAAUCGAAGCGCUCGGCUCAGUUGCCAACGGAAUCUUCAAAGUGUACCUUGACGACAAAGAGGAAAAAGAACACAAGCUGGGAAACAAAGGAUUCUGCGAACUCAUGGAAUGUCUGAAGGAAAACUUGGUCGGAUUAGGAGCUGCGUUUGACUCCGACUGUGGCCUCACAAAUCAUGAAUCUUCGCCAAACGAAUACAAACCUGAUCAGUUUUGGUCGGACGAAGAAAAGGAAAACUUGGAUAAACUUUCAUCCAAAAUUCGCGUUGCAACUAAAGAGAAAAUGGUUGAAAUAUGCGGGCGCGAAGACGCUUCGGGUAUCGAAGAUUGCAUCGAUGUGGCACUCCGGUCGUCGGUUCAACGAGCGACGAGGAUUCAACGAGACACCGGAGGAUUGCCAGCAAAAAAGGCCAAAAAGAUUCCGAAACAACUGAAAAAGGAAGGAUCUUCGAGCAGUGAUGAUGACGAUUCAGACAACGAAAUUUCGGACGCCAAAGUUGCUCAGCGAGGCGUGAAUAAAAAACUGCAAAAAGCUGUGAAGGAGAUUGAAAAACUGACGUUCGUUGAGGCGAAUGAAAAAUUUGGAAAAAUGGCGGCGAAAUGGGCGUCUCAGGCGGUGGGUCAAACUUUCCGAGAAGCGGUGAAUCACUUGCUUAAACAUGGGAUGCUCAAUUCCUCAAACGACGAUCAGCCCAAAUUGGCGACAAAAGAGAGUUCUGCGAAUGAAAAAGGAAACUUUUCGGGGAACGACGAGGCUCGAUCUUCGUCUUCGUCUUCGUCGUCGUACUUUGGGAAUCCGAGUUCAUUCGCGAAUAUGGCACCUCAGUUCCAAGAAUUGGGAAACUUUCUGUUCGGGCUAGGCGGAGCUGCAGUGAAAGAUGACAAAGCAGUUCAGAAUGCAGUUGAUGUAUUUAAGAACAUGGGAUUCAAUUUGGACCAAAACUUGGUGGAGGAAAUCAAGAAAGCCCAGGGUGAUAUUUCAAGAGUGUUCGAAAAUAUGAAAAAGCGAUGAACAACCAAAAUACUAAGUCAAAAAUGAAGUUAUGACUGAAUAUAUAUAUUAUUCAGGAACUCAGAAGAAAUUUAACAUAUUUAACAUUUAAUAACUUUAGUUAACAUACAAUUUAUUUAUAUGAGAAACCCUCAAAUUUAGUUUUCUGAUGCGA